AUGGCUGUGCAGCACAUUGAACAAAAGUCUUGUAUUAUAUCCUCAGACCAAGCAAUGCUUUUAAUAAAUAAAGUCGUCAAAAGACAAGCAAGCAGUUAUCUAUUAGACCAAGUGGACUCAAAAGCUAUCGUACGAGGAUGGUUGACAAAGGUUAAGAAUGGUAUGACUAGACGUUGUUGGUGUAUCCUACUGGGUCGAUAUUUCCUUUACUACAAGACUCCCACAGAUAAGACUCCACUUGGCCAACUGAAUUUGAGAGAUGCCCGUCUUGAUGAGAUAGAUCAUCCAGAUGAGUCUGAUGAGGAUUCAACAGUCAUGAUGGUUGACAGACAUGUUAUCGCUAUAUGGCCACCCUUACAAGGACCAACCUACCUCAUCAUCCCUACAAAACAGGAAAAGGAUUCUUGGUUAUACCACUUGACUGUCGCAGCUGGUGGUGGAACUGGAAAUGUAGGGACAGAAUUUGAACAAAUUGUUGCCAAAGUGAUGGAAGUAGGAGGAAAUUUCAAUUCAAUCUAUUGGAAGAACCUGAAGAUGUUACAUACAAAAGAACCAAUCACAUCUCCUCUUACAACACUGCCAUCUGAAGAACUCCAGCAAAAAGGCGUGGAACUUUUUAAGUUGGUGUAUCAGUACAUGGCCACCCAGUUUGACACCCGUGCAUUGGAUUAUCAUGUGACAUUAGCACAAACCAUACUUGGUUUAUGCAUUGACCACCCCCAACUACAGAAUGAGCUCUUCUGUCAGCUGAUACGACAGACAUCACGCCACCCAGUACAAAGCAAGAUGAGUGGGAUGCAGAAUCUGCUCCUCUGUGGUAAACAUUCCUGGUUCAUUUGUGACAGUGCACAUAAAUCUCCAUCAUCAUCCAUUAUGGACCUCUCUGAAUCCAAGCUAAAUCCAGCUCCCUACAUUAUUCAACAAGGCUGGGAGCUGUUGUCUAUGUGUGUAUCUCUCUUCCUGCCUAAACAGAGUGUCAUGUGGUUACUAAAAGUACACCUGCAAAGAAAUGCUGACCCCAAAACUGAGGCAGGGAAAUACGCCAUAUUCUGCCAAAGAGGCUUGGAGAGGACCAUGCAGAAAGAUGGACGAGAAGCUAAGCCUUCACGCAUGGAAGUUCUCUCAAUUCUACUGCGACAUCCAUACCAUCACUCUCAACCACUCAGUAUUCCCCUUCAUUUCCUUAACAACACUUAUCAGGUAGUCAGUUUUGAUGGCUCCACCACUGUCACUGAACUGCUUCAGAGCCUUCAGAAAACACUCUAUAUCCGGGACAUCAAGGAAUCAGGGUUUGCACUGUUUACUGAUGACCCCACGGGGCAGGACAUAGAGCAUUGCCUUCCACCCCAAGUAAAGGUAUGUGAUGUUAUAUCUAAAUGGGAACAAGCUUUCCGUGACAGUCACUCAGGGAAAAUAGACUCUAAUAGCACAAUUCGUUUUCUGUUCAAGAAUAGGUUAUAUUUCAAAAGUACUAGUCGAUAUGAAACAGAAAAGGAAAAACUGCUGUUGGCAUAUCAAAUCAAUGAGGAAAUUGUACAGGGUCGAUUCCCUUUGAAUAGGGAUUUGGCUGUAGAAUUAGCAUCAUUAAUGGCACAGGUUGCCUUGCAAAUAGAAGCUAUCAACUACUACAGGGAGCCUUUCAGGUUGUUGAAAACCUUUAACUCUUGGAUGUUUUUAUUGCUGUCUAUUCCUGUACACUUGCUGCCUACAAACCCUUAUUCUCUUACGGCCUGUGAUCCCACUGCAUCUCUUGUACAGAUAUAA